AUGGCAGUUGCUAAGAAACCUAAAAAACCCUGCCGGAAUAUCUAUGAAGCUCUGACACUUAUGGUCUUGGCGCUUUACGUGUUUUGCUACGUGAGGUUUUACAAAAAAGGCGAUCGUUUCCGGUCCACCGCAUCCAUGUACAUCUACAGCUUGUCAGUGCCAGUGUUAAUUUCCAUGGGCCUCGUUUGGGGAACCUUUUCCAUUCGCACUAGUCCGAAAUACAUCAAAUAUUUCCAAGAAAUGGACACAGUUCUGAUGUUCGUCGUCCUAAUGGAUAUCACCGUGGCGGUUAUGUCAUUUCUUUUCAAUGCCAUCAACAUGCAAGGUAGAAGCCGCAGACACCUCCACAUCUACGAACACUUGGAGCGAAUCGAUGUCCAGCUAAUGGAGGAGUUCAAAGCUAAGAUGUGCUACGAGAAAAUUGCUUUCAAGAUAUCGAUAAUUUUCUGGGUGUUUCUUGUGUACGGUGUGACAAUAAAUAGUGCCGUCAUCAGCUCGUGGUCCCAGGGUGACCUCUUCAAAAUGUACAUAAUCACUUUCUGCCACACAUUCAUUAUAUUCGGGAUGCACAUGAUCGUCUUUAGCUUCAUGACAGUGGCCGACUUGCUGCGGAUAAGAUUUCGAUUGUUACAGAAACUACUGGCUCCAGCUUAUCUCCGGAGACACUACGUCGACCAGGAUGUGCGUAUGUCCAAGCUUCGCAAAGCAGUCCAGAUUUAUCGAGAGCUCUAUGAGGUGAUUGAUGAAGUGAAUAGCGUCCAUGGAGUUUGCUUGGUGUCCUGUCUGGCACAUGACUUCACACUGGGAACAAGUCUGCUUUACUUGAUGUUCGGGCGAUCAUCGAAUCUGACGGUGGCCGGGGACUUGCAUUUGUUCUUCGGUGUGUUCCUGCUCCUGCUGCCGCCUGCUUAUAAGAUGGUCAUGACGCCGGUAUACGGCAUGAUGUCGUGGAAGGAGGGAGCAAAGUGUAUGAGGAUAAUAAAGUUGAUGGAUGACGCUUUUCCUGGAAAUAGCCAAGUUCGGCAAAUUGUUGCUAGCACUCUCUUAUGGAACAAUCACAACAAGUACCGGGAAUAUAAAAUAGGUCCUACAAUCACGUCAAAUAUUAGUUUGAUAACAGCGGAAAAUCAGAUUAAAAAAUUCCUCACUGCGAAAAAAUAA